AUGGCGAACAAGUCGAAAAGAGCCGUUGCUGAAAAGCCGCACGGCUACGAAUUCGGAGGACCCAUCGGCGCCUUUUUCAUCUCCUUCGGCCUCCCGAUCCUCGUCUAUCUAUUCACCUUCGCCUGCAAUGAUGUCUCUGGGUGCCCCGCGCCUUCCCUGUUGAGCCCCUCGACCUUGAAGCUCGACCAGCUCAAGCGCGAAGUCGGAUGGCCCGAGGAAGGCGUUUGGGGUCUCGGAAGCAUCGAGGUAACGGGCGCCGUCUUGGGAUACUACCUCUUCAAUGCGAUCCUUUACCGCAUCCUCCCAGGCGCCGAAGUUGACGGCGUUGAGCUUUCCUCGGGUGGUCGUCUCAAGUACCGUUGCAACUCCUUUGCUUCCAGCAUGUUCAUCCUGGUCGUUUGCCUCGCCGGCACCAUCGCCCAGGGCGCCGAGUUCCCCCUCUGGACCUUCAUCACCGACAACUACAUCCAGGUCGUCACCGCCAACAUCCUCAUCGCGUACGCCCUCGCCGUCUUUGUGUACGUCCGGAGUUUCGGUGUCAAGCCAGGCAACAAGGAGUUCCGCGAACUCGCAGCCGGUGGACACUCGGGCAACUUGAUUUACGACUUCUACAUCGGACGGGAGCUGAACCCUCGCGUCACUCUUCCGAUCCUCGGCGAGAUCGACAUCAAGGAGUGGAUGGAGAUCCGACCUGGCCUGCUGGGCUGGGCGCUGAUGAACUUUGCCUGGAUGGCCAAGCAGUACCGCACCUACGGCUUCGUCACCAACAGCAUCGUCUUCACCUCGGCAGUGCAGCUUGCGUAUGUGAUUGACUGCUGGUGGAACGAGCCGGCAAUCCUGACCACCAUCGACAUCACGACGGACGGCUUCGGCUUCAUGCUGUCCUUCGGUGACCUCGUCUGGGUCCCGUUCGUGUACUCGUUGCAGGCUCGCUACCUGGCCGUGUAUCCCACCUCGGUCAGUCCCUUGGGCAUGGCCGGCAUCGUUGGGGCCAUCGGUGUUGGGUUUUCCAUCUUUCGCCUGUCCAACAGCCAGAAGAACGCCUUUCGCAGCAACCCGGACGACCCCAGCGUGUCUCAUCUCAGAUACAUUGAAACCAAGGCGGGCACUCGGCUCCUCAUCUCGGGCUGGUGGGGAGUCGCGCGGCACAUCAACUACCUCGGUGACUGGCUGCAGGCCUGGCCAUACUGCCUACCUACGGGCAUGGCUGGAUAUACCAUCGUCUCUGCCGGCACGGGGCUCGCUGAGGCUGGGAUUGAGGGAGCCUUCAAGAUGGCUGACGGCCGGGAGGUCAUCCAGGGUGCCGCGCGUGGAUGGGCAAUUCCCAUCACGUACUUUUACAUUGUCUACUUCGCCGUCUUGCUGGUUCACCGGGACCGUCGCGACGACGAGAAGUGCUCGCGCAAGUACGGCGAGGACUGGGAGAAGUACAAGAAGAUUGUUCGGUGGAGAAUUCUGCCUGGUAUCUACUGA